UCAGCGGGCCUCCCCCCCCUUGGAGCCCCGGUCCAUCCAUCCCACCUCCCCCUCCGCCGUCAGCCAGCGACUCGCACCCACCACAGGCGCCGAGAUUGGGCGAAUAGCGAGCAAAUACGUCCGCGUUUCUCUACCCGCUCCCCCUCCUCACUCCCCGGCGCUGACAGCGGACAAGGCCGAGGUCGCAACAGAGCAGGCCCGGCCGCCGAGGCUCGACCUGUCCACUCCACCUCCGCAUCCUACCACACCUCACCAGCAGUCCAGAACCCGGUUCCCCACCGAGCCGACCCUGGACAAGGUCGAGGGUAACCGAGAUAGCAGGGAGCCCCGCAUCACUACCACAACAACAGCUGCCAACAUGAACCACCACCAUCACCACACGCAGCAGCAGCAGCAGCAGCAGCAACAGAAAGCCGGCGAGCAGCAGCUCAGCGAACCAGAGGACAUGGAGAUGGAAGCUGGGGACACAGACGACCCUCCAAGAAUCCCGGCCAACCCAGUGAUCAAUGGUAACGUGGCCAUGGCAGAUGGACACAACAACACAGAGGAGGACAUGGAGGACGACACCAGUUGGCGGUCAGAGGCGACUUUCCGCUUUGUAGUAGAACGCUUUAGCCGCCUGAGUGAGUCAGUGCUCAGCCCGUCCUGCUUUGUCCGGAACCUUCCAUGGAAGAUAAUGGUGAUGCCGCGCUUCUAUCCUGACCGGCCACACCAGAAGAGUGUGGGCUUCUUCCUGCAGUGUAACGCAGAGUCAGACUCCACGUCAUGGUCAUGCCAUGCACAGGCCAUGCUGAAGAUUAUCAACUACAAAGACGACGAGAAGUCCUUCAGCCGCAGAAUCAGUCACCUGUUCUUCCACAAAGAGAAUGAUUGGGGCUUUUCCAAUUUCAUGUCCUGGAGUGAUGUGACUGAUCCAGAGAGGGGCUUCGUUGAUGAUGACAAAGUCACCUUUGAAGUCUAUGUCCAGGCAGAUGCCCCACAUGGAGUGGCCUGGGACUCUAAGAAACACACAGGCUAUGUUGGACUGAAGAAUCAAGGAGCUACCUGCUACAUGAAUAGCCUGCUACAGACUCUCUUCUUCACCAACCAGCUACGUCGGGCCGUGUACAUGAUGCCCACAGAGGGAGAUGACUCCUCCAAGAGCGUUCCCCUGGCACUGCAGAGGGUUUUCUACGAGCUGCAACACAGCGAUAAACCCGUCGGCACCAAGAAACUCACCAAGUCCUUCGGAUGGGAAACACUAGAUAGCUUCAUGCAGCAUGAUGUACAGGAGCUGUGCAGAGUGCUCCUGGACAACGUGGAGAACAAAAUGAAAGGCACUUGUGUUGAGGGAACCAUUCCCAAGCUCUUCAGAGGAAAGAUGGUGUCAUACAUCCAGUGUAAGCAUGUGGACUACCGGUCAGAGCGGAUAGAGGACUAUUAUGACAUCCAGCUUAGCAUAAAAGGAAAAAAGAACAUCUUCGAGUCUUUCAAAGAUUAUGUUGCAACCGAGCAGUUAGAUGGAGACAACAAAUACGACGCAGGAGAGCAUGGCCUGCAGGAAGCAGAAAAGGGAGUGAAGUUCCUUACCUUCCCUCCAAUCCUUCAUCUGCAGCUGAUGAGGUUCAUGUAUGACCCACAGACUGACCAAAACAUCAAGAUUAACGACAGGUUUGAGUUUCCUGAUCAGUUGCCCCUGGAUGAGUUCCUUCAGAAGCCAGACUCCAAGGACCCAGCCAACUACAUCCUGCAUGCAGUGCUAGUGCACAGCGGGGACAACCAUGGCGGUCACUACGUCGUCUAUCUUAACCCGAAAGGGGACGGCAAAGUGAGUGUCAAGGAACCAAUAUGGUGUAAGUUUGAUGAUGACGUGGUAUCGCGGUGCACCAAGGAGGAGGCCAUAGAGCACAACUAUGGUGGACAUGACGAUGACCUCUCAGUGCGCCACUGCACUAACGCAUACAUGUUGGUCUAUAUCCGUGAGUCCAAGCUCAGCGAGGUGCUCCAGCCAAUGACUGACGUGGACAUCCCCCAGCAGCUGGUGGAGCGUCUGCAGGAGGAGAAAAGGGUGGAGGCACAGAAGAGGAAGGAGCGCCAAGAGGCUCACCUCUACAUGCAGGUCCAGAUGGUGACAGAGGACCAGUUCUGUGGUCAUCAGGGCAACGACAUGUAUGAUGAGGAGAAGGUGAAGUACACAGUCUUCAAGGUCCUGAAGAGCUCUACACUGCAAGAGUUUGUCCAGAACCUCUCCCAGACCAUGGGUUUCCCACAGGACCAGAUGAGGCUGUGGCCCAUGCAGGCCCGGAGCAAUGGAACCAAGCGACCCGCCAUGCUCGACUACGAGGCUGACUGCAACAAGUCGAUGAUCGACUUGAGCGACAACGAGAACCCCUGGACAAUAUUUCUGGAGACCGUGGAUCCAGAGAUGGCGGCCAGUGGGGCCACGUUACCCAAGUUUGACAAAGACCAUGAUGUCAUGUUGUUCUUGAAGAUGUAUGACCCCAAAACCAGAAGCUUAAAUUAUUGUGGACAUAUCUACACACCUAUAUCCUGCAAAAUAAGAGACCUUCUGCCAGUCAUGUGUGAGAGAGCAGGGUUUCAGCAGGAAACUAGCCUUAUCCUCUAUGAGGAAGUAAAGCCCAAUCUAACAGAGCGGAUACAGGACUAUGAUGUCUCUCUGGACAAGGCCCUGGAUGAGCUCAUGGACGGGGACAUCAUUGUCUUCCAGAAGGACGACCCAGAGAACGACAGCAGUGAGCUGCCUACGGCCAAGGACUAUUUCCGGGAUCUCUACCACCGUGUGGACGUCAUUUUCUGUGACAAGACCAUCCACAAUGACCCCGGCUUCGUGGUCACGCUUUCUAACCGUAUGAACUAUUUUCAGGUGGCCAAGACAGUAGCGCAGAGGUUGAACACAGAUCCCAUGCUGCUGCAGUUCUUCAAGUCACAGGGGUACAGGGACGGUCCAGGGAAUCCUCUCAGACACAACUAUGAGGGAACGCUGCGGGACCUGCUGCAAUUCUUCAAACCUCGGCAGCCAAAGAAACUGUACUACCAGCAGUUAAAGAUGAAGAUAACAGACUUCGAGAACAGGAGGAGUUUUAAAUCCAUAUGGCUCAACAGCCAGUUCAGAGAGGAGGAGAUCACCCUCUAUCCUGACAAGCAUGGCUGUGUGCGGGACCUUUUGGAAGAAUGUAAAAAGGCAGUGGAGCUCUCUGAGAAAGGCUCUGAGAAGCUCAGGCUGUUAGAGAUAGUAAGCUAUAAAAUCAUUGGGGUUCACCAGGAGGACGAGCUGCUAGAAUGUUUAUCUCCUGCUGCCAGCCGCACCUUCAGAAUAGAGGAGAUUCCUUUGGACCAGGUGGAUUUGGACAAGGACAGUGAAAUGCUGAUCCCAGUCGCUCACUUCCACAAGGAAGUCUUCGGCACCUUUGGGAUCCCCUUCUUGCUCAAGAUCAGACAGGGCGAGUCAUUUCGGGAGGUGAUGAGGAGGAUCCAGACCAUGCUGGACAUUCAGGAGAAAGAAUUUGAGAAGUUCAAGUUUGCGAUUGUGAUGAUGGGGCGGCAUCAGUACAUCACUGAGGACGAGUAUGAGGUCAACCUGAAGGACUUUGAACCACAGCCAGGUAACAUGUCCCACCCGCGCCCCUGGCUAGGGUUGGAUCAUUUCAACAAAGCUCCAAAGAGAGGUCGCUACACCUACCUGGAGAAAGCAAUCAAGAUCCACAACUAAAGCAGCCCGCCCUUCCUCUUUGUCCUCCUCAUCCUUCUCCUCCUUCUCCUCCUCCUCCUUUUCCUCCUCCUGCUCCUCCUCCUGCUCCUGCUCCGCCUUCCUCCCUACCUACUUUAACACACCAUAACCACAGACUGUAACCAACCGUGUGUGUGUGUUUGUGUGUGAGAGACUGUGUGGGCGUGUGUGUGCGUGCGUACUCGUGUGUGUGUUCAUCACUUUUAACACCCCGCCUGGACACCUCUACAGCUCUACACCGGCACUAUGUCUUCAGCGAUACGGAUCUUGCUGCAGCUGACGGAUUAUCCUUCAACCACAAAAUAAACUGCACCAACCACCUCCUGGCUGUUGAUUUUGUUUAUUUUGUUUUUGUUUUAUUUUUUAAUUGUCUCCCUCUAUAUUUGAGGCUGUUAGGUUGUUGUUUUUUUUUUUUUUUUUUUUUUCUGGCUUCUCUACCUGUUGACUGCCUGUGUUUUUGUUUUUUUGCCUGUCUGGAAGUGGGAGAAAUGAAGUUGGAUUUUAAUAUAAAAAUAAGCAGAGAGGGGAGAGGAAGGUGGACACACACACACAUGAAUUUCUAGACUUAGGUUUUUUGUUUUUUUUCCUUUUCCCACCCCACUCACCCGCUUUUUUUGUUCCUUCAGAUUUUUUGGGGGGGGUUGUUUUUAAAUAAAGAGUUGUUUGAAGAGGCAUAAUGCUGCUGUGUGUAAAGUUUGAUGGAGGGAUGUUUGAGGACUAACUGACAGAAAAGGGGGGGGCAUGGUCAUUUUUUUUUGCUAAAAACAGCUGCGAUCUGGCGUCCAUCCCGAGACUCACUAGUUGCCCUGAUGUGGUUCUUUAUAUUUUCUGCUCCCAUCCUUUAGUGCAACACAACAAGUAUUUCCAAGUUUACACACAUUUUUUUUUCUCACUUAGUUUGGUUGGAGGAAAAAUUAAUAAAACACUUUUUUUUUGUCUCUUUCUGCAGAUCUUGUAUAAUAAAUAAAAAUCCACAGCAUCUGUUUAAAAAUAAAUGGGGAAAAAAAUAAGGAGGAAAUUUGUCUGUAUUUCAUCUUGCACGUUGGCACUUAAUGUCAGAGGUUUCUCAGGACUGGCAAAUGUACAUUUUGGUUGUGGUUUUGAGUUGCUCAGUGACUUUAAAGGAACACACACGCACGGACAUUACCCCCCCCCUUGACGUUCUCUUCCAUUUUUGUUUUUCAGGGGGUUUUAAUGUCCUUCUCAGUCAUUCCUCCUUGAACGCAAACACACAAGCUUCGUCAUCUUCUUUCUCGUUUGAAACUGUCGCCUCCAGGUGAUUGGGAGCAGUAACUGCGCUAUGCUUGGUAGGGAGCUGCAGAAAACUUCGAACCCACAGGUUUGAGGACUGUGUAGAGACAAAACCAGCAUUGUAAGAAACACUUUAAGCCCUAUGAAUUAAUUAUUUUUAUUUUAUUUUUUGUUUCCUUUAAAGCACAGAUGGAAUGCUCCCCUAAUAGUGCAUAGCUGGCUCUGUAAAGACAACAUUUAAGAAUUGUAUAUUUAAAAAUAUGAACGUGUAAAAUUUAAGAGAAACACGCCUUUGUUGUUGGGUACAGAAGGAGCCAGGUGUUCAUAUUUCUUGUGUGUAGGGUUUUCUCUUUUUCUUUGCGUUCCUGAUGUACCAUUGACGAUUUUUUUCUGUUACAUUUGGAUUUUUUUUCCUUCUCAAAACUAACUGCAUUGGUUUUGUCUUGUUAAAAAGUGCAGUACAAAGAUAACCUGCAGAAUCACACCUUAAUUUGAUCUUUUCCAGUUUAAAAUCCUCAGUGUAGCAGCAGUGUACGACAACUAUUCCUGUAUAUUGCCUUUUUGCUGGAAAAUGUAUGUUGAAUAAAAUUUUCUAUAAAAACAAAAA